UACUUUGAACAAACGCUUAUCUGCCAUGCUACAGCCAUAUCAAGGGCAAGCCCAGUCACAAGAUUGUCAGCGAUGCACGAAACCUGCUCUGCAACAUGACCCAUCGUGGUGCCGUGGGCUCUGACGCACGCGAUGGCGAUGGUGCGGGUGUCAUGACAUCGAUCCCCCACAAGUUCUUCGUGAAGAACUUCGCGCGCGAUGUUGGAGUUACGCUUCCUCCACUCGGCCAGUAUGCUGUGGGAAACUUGUUCUUCAAACCCGAUCCAGAGACACUGCAGGAGUCGAAGCGGCAGUUGGAAGAGAUUGCCGAGUCGUUGGGCUUGAGAGUUCUAGGAUGGCGAGAGCCUCCCGUGGAUUCGACUUUGCUUGGCCCUGCUGCUCUUUCCCGAGAGCCUUCCAUUCUGCAGCCUUUCGUUGUGCUAGCGUCUGCUUACGGGCCCGGCAAUGAACCAGAAACAACUGAUCCCGAGAAGUUUGACGAGAGGCUGUUUGAGCGGCAGCUCUAUGUCCUCCGGAAGAGAGCUACACACACGAUUGGGCUGCAGAACUGGUUCUACAUCUGCUCCCUUUCCAACAAGAACAUUGUCUACAAGGGUCAGCUGGCGCCGAUUCAGGUUUACCAAUACUACAAUGAUUUGGUGAACUAUGACUAUGAGGCUCACUUUGCCUUGGUGCAUUCGCGUUUCUCCACCAACACCUUCCCCUCUUGGGAUCGUGCCCAGCCUCUCCGAUGGGCUGCUCACAACGGUGAAAUAAACACCCUUCGCGGCAACAAGAAUUGGAUGCGUGCCCGUGAGGGAGUCAUGCAGUCUGAUGUCUUUGGAGAUGAGCUGGAACUUCUCUACCCUAUUGUUGAGGCUGGCGGUUCCGACUCUGCUGCCUUCGAUAACGUGUUGGAGCUCCUCACCAUCAACGGCGUGCUCUCUCUUCCCGAGGCCGUGAUGCUGAUGGUGCCCGAGGCUUGGCAGGGAAACCAGAGCAUGGAUCCCAAGAAGGCCGCCUUCUAUGAGUGGGCAGCUUGCCAAAUGGAGCCCUGGGAUGGCCCUGCGCUCUUUACGUUCGCUGAUGGUCGUUUUUGCGGUGCCAACUUGGAUCGUAACGGUCUCAGACCUUGCCGUUAUUAUGUGAUGGACGACGAUCGCAUUAUCUGCGCGUCUGAGGUCGGCACUAUCCCCGUUGAGCCCGAGAAGAUCAUUCAGAAGGGCCGUCUCCAACCUGGCCGCAUGCUUCUCGUUGACACUCGCGCCGGUCGCAUCAUUGAUGAUUCCGAGUUGAAGGCUGCUGUCUCUAGCCGGGAGGACUUCAGGUCAUGGCUCGACAACGAACUCAUUACCAUGCCUCAGGUGCUCGAGACGCUUUCCGGGAGCCAGAGCAUUGAGCUUGCUGCCAAGCCUGAUGACACCAAGAUCCAGGAGGACCCCCUAUUGCACGCUUUUGGAUACACCUUUGAGCAGGUGAGCUUGCUGCUUGGCCCCAUGGCCUCGGAUGAAAAGGAGGCUCUUGGUUCCAUGGGUAACGAUGCUCCGCUUGCCUGUCUGUCCGAUGCUCCCAAGUUGCUGUACGAAUAUUUCCGUCAGCUGUUCGCUCAGGUCACCAACCCGCCCAUCGAUCCUAUCAGAGAGUCGAUUGUCAUGUCUCUUGAAUGCUACGUUGGUCCCCAGGGCAACCUUCUCGAGAUGGACUCGUCACAAUGUGGAAGACUCCUGCUUCCUAGCCCCAUCCUCUCCAUUCCUGAGUUCAAUGCACUCAAGAACAUGUCUACUAUCCAUCCCGAGUGGACUGUCAAGACCAUUGACUUGACAUUCCCCAAGAGGGAAGGCAUUGAGGGCUACAUUAGACACCUUGACUAUAUUUGUAUGGAGGCUACUGCCGCUAUUGAAGCUAGUGAUCGUAUCAUUGUGCUGUCUGACCGCAACACCUUCAAGGACCGUGUCGCUGUUUCUGCUCUCCUCGCUGGUGGCAUGGUUCACCAUCACCUUGUCAGCAACAAGUGGCGUGCAAUGGCAGCCAUUGUCGCUGAGACGGCCGAGGCUCGUGAGGUUCACCACAUGUGCGUCCUCCUUGGCUACGGUGUUGACGCCAUCAACCCCUACCUUGCCAUGGAGUGCAUCAUCAAGCUCAACAAGGAGAAGCUCAUCAAGAAGAAGCUGACUGAUGAUGAGCUGAUCUACAACUACAAGCACUCCUGUGAUGGUGGUAUCCUCAAGGUCAUGAGCAAAAUGGGUAUCUCUACCUUGGCCAGUUAUAAAGGUGCCCAGAUCUUUGAGGCCUUGGGUGUCGAUGACAGCGUGGUUGAGCGCUGCUUCAAAGGUACUGCCUCCCGUAUCAAGGGUAUUACUUUUGAACUUAUCGCUGAGGAUGCCUUCCGUUUGCACGAGCGCGGUUUCCCGUCGCGUUAUACCGUUGCUGUUCCUGGACUUCCCGAGUCUGGUGAGUACCACUGGCGUGACAAUGGCGAGGCACAUGUCAACGAUCCUACUUCUAUUGCAAACAUCCAGGAUGCCGUCCGUACCAAGAACGACAAGUCUUACGAGGCCUACUCACUCUCCGAGUACGAGCAGAUCAAAUCUUGCACGCUUCGUGGUAUGCUUGACUUCAACUUUGAUGACUGCUCUCCUAUCCCUAUCGACCAGGUUGAGCCUUGGACCGAGAUUGUUCGCCGAUUCUGCACUGGUGCUAUGUCGUAUGGUUCUAUCUCCCUCGAAUCUCACUCUACCCUGGCCGUUGCCAUGAACAGGCUUGGUGGCAAGUCCAACACCGGUGAAGGUGGUGAGGAUCCUGAACGGUCCCAAAGGCUGCCGAACGGCGAUACCAUGCGCUCAGCCAUCAAACAGGUGGCCUCAGGUCGCUUUGGUGUUACAUCUGCUUAUCUGGCCGACUCUGACGAACUUCAGAUCAAGAUGGCACAGGGUGCCAAGCCUGGUGAGGGUGGUGAGCUUCCUGGCCACAAGGUUUCCAAGUCCAUUGCCCGCACUCGUCACUCUACCCCUGGCGUCGGCCUCAUCUCGCCACCUCCUCAUCACGAUAUCUACUCGAUCGAAGACUUGAAGCAGCUCAUUUAUGACCUUAAAUGCUCGAGUCCUCGUUCUCGCGUUUCCGUCAAGCUUGUGUCUGAGACUGGCGUUGGUAUCGUCGCCUCGGGUGUCGCUAAGGCUAAGGCAGACCACAUUCUCAUCUCUGGCCAUGACGGUGGCACUGGUGCUUCCCGCUGGACUGGUAUCAAGUACGCCGGUCUCCCCUGGGAGUUGGGUCUUGCUGAGACUCAUCAGACCUUGGUGCUUAACGACCUGCGUGGGCGCGUUGUCGUUCAGACUGAUGGUCAGCUCCGUACCGGCCGUGAUGUCGCCAUUGCUUGCUUGCUGGGCGCUGAAGAGUGGGGAUUUGCGACCACUCCUCUCAUUGCCAUGGGCUGCAUCAUGAUGCGCAAGUGCCAUUUGAAUACCUGCCCUGUUGGUAUUGCCACUCAGGACCCUGAGCUUCGGAAGAAGUUCACUGGUACGCCUGAGCAUGUGAUCAACUUCUUCUACUACGUAGCGAACGAGCUCCGUGCUAUCAUGGCCAGGCUUGGUUUCCGCACCAUCAAUGAGAUGGUUGGUCAUGUUGAGGUGCUCAAGGUCCGCGAGGAUCUCAGGACCAAGAAGACCUCCAACAUUGACCUAUCUCUCAUCUUGACUCCCGCCCAUAAACUCCGUCCCGGAGUGGCAACUUUCAAUGUCCGCAAGCAGGAUCACAAGCUUUACGUUCGCUUGGACAACAAGCUUAUUACUGAGGCUGAGUUGACCCUUGAUAAGGGACUGCCUUCACGUAUUGAGUGUGACAUCGUUAACACUGACCGCGCCAUGGGCACUUCACUGUCCUACCAAAUUUCCAAACGCUAUGGCGAGAAGGGACUGCCUGAUGAUACUGUCCAUGUCAAUAUUAAGGGUUCUGCGGGCCAGUCCUUCGGUGCUUUCCUUGCUCCGGGUGUCACGCUCGAGUUGGAGGGCGAUGCCAACGAUUACGUUGGCAAGGGCUUGUCCGGUGGUAGACUGAUUGUCUACCCCCCUCGUUCCGCUGUAUUCAAGGCUGAGGAGAACAUUAUCGUUGGUAACGUGUGCUUGUACGGAGCCACUAGCGGUACCUGCUUCUUCCGCGGCGUUGCAGCUGAGCGUUUCGCUGUACGCAACUCUGGUGCCACCGCCGUUGUUGAGGGUGUCGGUGAUCACGGCUGCGAGUACAUGACUGGUGGUCGGGUCGUGAUCCUGGGAAGCACUGGCCGUAACUUUGCUGCUGGUAUGUCUGGUGGAAUCGCCUACAUCUUGGAUAUUCAGGGCGACUUCUUGACCAAGCUCAACACCGAGAUGGUUGAAGCCAGCACUCUUGAGGAGGCGGAGCCUGAAGAGAUCGCAUUCAUCCGCAGUCUCGUUGAGGAUCAUCACCACUACACUGGUUCCGAGCUUGCUGCUCGUAUUCUGGUUGACUUCUCCCGUGCCCUCAAGCGCUUCAUCAAGGUACUACCCGUCGACUACAAGCGCGUACUGGAGGAGGAGAAGGCCAAGGCUGUGAAGCAGGCCGCCGAGACCAAGCGGGCUGAGUACAGCCUUCCUGCGGCUGCGAGAAAGGAGAAGGAUCCUCAUGCGCCCAAGCUUCAGGAUAUCGAGGAGAGUAUUACUGAUAACGCUAUCAGCAAGAAGAAGGCCCUCGUAUUGGACAAGACGCGCGGUUUCAUGAAGUAUCAGCGUCGCGCUGAGAAGUACCGGAAGCCCGCGACUCGUGUUAAGGAUUGGGCUGAACUGUCUCAGCGUCUUGAUGAGGACGAACUCAAGUACCAGUCUGCCCGUUGCAUGGACUGCGGUGUUCCCUUCUGCCAAUCCGAUAGCGGCUGCCCAAUUUCCAACAUCAUCCCCAAGUGGAAUGAGCUGGUCUUCCAGGGUCAGUGGCGAGAUGCAUUGAACCGCCUGUUAAUGACCAACAACUUCCCCGAGUUUACUGGUCGCGUUUGCCCUGCUCCCUGCGAGGGUGCUUGCGUUUUGGGCAUCAACGAGCAGCCUGUUGGUAUCAAGUCGAUUGAGUGCGCCAUCAUUGACCGUGGUUUCGAGAUGGGAUGGAUGGUACCGGAGCCCCCUAAGAUUCGCACAGGCAAGAACGUUGCCAUCAUUGGAUCUGGUCCCGCUGGUCUCGCUGCCGCCGACCAGCUGAACAAGGCUGGUCACAACGUUACUGUGUAUGAGCGCGCCGACCGUCUUGGUGGUCUGCUCAUGUAUGGCAUUCCCAACAUGAAAUUGGACAAGCGCAUCGUCAAGAGACGUACUGAUUUCAUGGCUGCUGAGGGUGUCCAGUUCAAGACUGGCGUUGCGAUUGGCGAGGAUAUGACACUCACGGACCUCAAGAAGCAGAAUGAUGCUGUCAUCAUUGCUACCGGUGCCACUGUCGCCCGCGACCUUCCUAUCAAGAACCGCAAUCUUGAGGGCAUCCAUUUCGCUAUGGAGUUCCUGCACAAGAACACCAAGUCUCUUCUUGAUUCCGAACUGGCCGACGGUUCCUACAUCUCCGCCAAAGAUAAGCAUGUCAUUGUUAUUGGUGGUGGUGAUACCGGUAACGACUGCAUUGGUACCUCUGUCCGCCACGGUGCCAAGUCGGUCAUUAACUUUGAGCUUCUCCCCAAGCCUCCUCCGGCUCGCGGCCGCGACAACCCGUGGCCGCAGUGGCCCCGCGUCUACCGCGUGGACUACGGCCACGAUGAGGUCAAGCAGCACACGGGCAAGGAUCCUCGUGAAUACUGCAUCAUGUCGGAGGAGUUUGUCGAUGACGGCAACGGAAAGGUGAGGGGUAUCAACACGAUCCGCGUGGAGUGGACCAAGUCUGCCAGCGGCGGUUGGGACAUGAAGAAGAUCGAGGGCUCGCAGCAGUUCUUCCCUGCCGAUCUUGUCCUGCUGUCCAUGGGCUUUUUGGGACCUGAGGCUCGUGUGCUCGGCGAUGAAAUCGAGAAGGAUCCUCGCAAGAACGUAAAGACUCCUCCCGGCAAGUAUAGCACCAACGUCGAGGGCGUGUUCGCUGCCGGUGAUUGCCGUCGUGGACAGUCGCUCAUCGUCUGGGGUAUCAACGAAGGUCGCCAGGCUGCUCGCGAGGUGGAUCUCUACCUCGAGAAGAGCACAUGUUUGCCUGUUACUGGUGGUAUCGUCAAGCGCACCGCUGAGGAGGUGUUCGCCGCUGCCGCCGCAGCUUGAAUGGUGACGGGGAAUGUCAUGAUAUCAGGAAGAGGAUACGGUUGGG